AGAUCAAGAUCAACGGAACAAAAUUUUGAAGGGAGAGGGAAAGACGCUGGUAGCUGGGUGACCAGAGUUUAAAACGCCUGUGGGCGAUUUUCUGCGUCGGUGCUCAAGAAGUUGGGGGUUACUGCAGCACGUUAAAAUGUCGAGUUUGAGGAAAUCGAUAAUCAGGAAAGCUGACACAGACCACUGGCAGGCGUAGUGGCACGAAGAAGAGACUGUCCUUCGCCCCAUCGCCAGAGCUUGAGGAAAAGGAGACAAUGGAGGAACAAAACAAUGACAUCAGCCAGUUUGGCAGUGCAGUGACCCCAGCUGAUCAAGCUUGCAAGCUGACAAGUUUUGGCUUGUGCUAUGAUCGCAAGACCAUUCCCAAGAGAAUGCAAACACAACAUGACACCAUUCCCAUGAGAGAAUGUCAUAGAAACAAUCUUACGUCAGUCCUCAACUUUUCCACUUUGUCAGGAAGUACUGCAAAUGUUCUGAUUGUUGGUGAGAGGAUUUUUGGGGAAAAACUCAAAGCAUACCUCCUUGAAGUGCAUCAUAGGUGGUACAUGACAAAACGUUUUAAAUGCAAAUUGGAUCUUAAUAUAAAGUGUGUGAAUACCUUGACACCAGCUAUGACACCAACAGCUCACUUAAUCAUCUUCCCCUUCUUGUGGGAAACAUACGAAAGCAUGAAGCAUUUGACUCAAAUCCUAGAAAGUUUUAGUGAAGACACACUGCCAAGCAACAGGAUGAUAAUAGUCACCAUGUUCUCAAGUCCUGGAUGUUCAAAAAUGGUGGUUGACUUAAAACAGUUCCAUGAGCUACUGUUUUACUACCAACUGAUCACCGUUCCAUGGAAAGAGGAGGGUAGACUUCAUGACAUGAAGGUGAAGGAGAUACUGCUGUUUAUAUACAAGAGUAUUGGAUGGCAUAGAGGUGCUUCCCUGCUGUUGACCUACACCCUGCAGCUCACUGGAAAUUAUUAUGUGGAAGAUAUAGAAGCACAAGGCAACAGCUAUAGUUCGAAGUAAUCAUGUGUUUUCCAGUGAAGAAAGCUAUCCAUUCGAAGUAACCAUAGAUGCCCAGUGAUAUUAUUGCUAUUAAGUGAUAUAAUUGCUGUUUGAAGCAGUACAAUCAAGAGAAACUCCAUCAGCAUCUGCCCUGUCAACUUUAUUUUAACAAUGUCAUGAUGAUACUCCUUUUGGAAAUAAUGAUGACACCUGUGGUAGAUCUGCAAUACUGGUGCUAGAUUCUCCAUCAUCCCUCCAGGCACAAAUGCCCUUGAUGUAAAAUUUUGCUUGCUAAUAAUUUCAGACUGUGUUUGCCUCAUAUGGGAGGCAAAUUAAACAAAAAAUUCUUCACAUGAACCUAGACAUCUGAAUCAUCUGGAUGCUGGAAACUCAGCUCAACAGUAAAUUGUCAUGACCAACUAUAGGUACCCCUUUGGGAUAAAUGUGUUUUGUAUCUAAAGUGUAAUCUGAAUACAUAUUGUGAAGUAUGAAACAAAUUGGCUUAUUA